AUGACCACAGACUGUAAAUACAUACAUACAUUUUCAGGUCAGUGUGCAGACGACAUGAAGAAGAUUUACGCCGAGUUCUGCAGUCGACACCCGAAAGCUGUGAAACUCUACAAAGAAGUUUUAGCCCGAGACCGAAGACUGCAGCAGUUUAUCAGGCGUGCCUGUCGUGGUCCUCUGCUGCGUCGCCACGGCGUCCAGGAGUGCAUCCUGCUGGUGACACAGCGAAUCACAAAGUACCCCGUCCUCAUCCAACGAAUCCUCGAUUACACCAAAGGCUGUGAGGAGGAGGCGCAGGCGUUGAGCGAGGCUCUGCUGCUCCUGAAGAAUCUGAUCAGCUCGGUGGACCAGCAGGUGCUGGAGCUGGACCGGACCAGGAGGCUGCAGGAGAUCCAGGCUCGUCUGGACCCCCGGGCCCAGGCGGAGGUCCGGGGUGGAGGAGUGUUCAGAGCAGGAGAGCUGACGAGGAGGAGGCUCCUCCACGAGGGGAUGCUCCUCUGGAAGGUCCAGGGCUCCAGGAUGAAAGAUGUGCAGGUCCUGCUGAUGUCAGACAUCCUGGUUUUCCUUCAGGAGAAAGAUCAGAAGUUCACUUUUGCGUCACUGGACAAGUCUCCAGUGGUCUCUCUGAACAACCUGAUCGUCAGGGACAUAGCCAAUCAGGAGCGAGGGAUGUACCUGAUCAGUGCCACCACCCCUCCGGAGAUGUACGAGCUGCACGCUUCGUCCAAAGACGGCCGCCGGACCUGGAUGAGCCGCAUCCAGCAGGCGGCCCUCAGCUGUCCGUCCAGAGACGAGUUUCCGCUCAUCGAGACUGAAGACAAAGCUUUACUGCGCAGACUCCGAGCUGACAUCCAGCAGAAGGACAGGGAGGUUCUGGAGCUCCUGCAGGAGCGAGUCACUCUGUUUGCAGACCUGGUGGAGGCGACAGGAAGAGGAGGAGGAGAAGAGGAAGAGGGUGAGAAGCUCAACACCUCCUCCUCCUCCUCCUCCUCCUGCAGGAACCUGUUUAGGGCCGACACUCCUCACGCUCCUCAGGCCGAGCCGCUCCUCAGCGCCUCCAUCUCUGAAGUGGACAAACUGACCGAACUGCUGCUCAGCUCCAACAUCACCAAAUCCACCGUAACCAACGGCAACCAGGAGCUCAGCAACGGCGACUCGAAGUCUUUCGAGCUGAACAGCAGCUCCUCGAAGGACAGAAACGGUAACCAGCUGCAAGGACGAACCCUCAUACAGGAAGUCCGCCAGCGAUUGGUCAGUCUGAGCAUCCAGCUUCACGCGCUGCAGGCUGCUGUGAUUCGUCAGGAUUCGAUCUUGGAGCUGUUAGGUAAAACAGGCCCCGCCCCCAGCUCCACCCAGGGACCCCGCCUCAGUCGCUCGAUGUCUCGGGACACGGGGCUGGAUGCCAGCGGGGAGGCGGUGCUGCUGCGGCGGCAGGUGGAGCUGCUGCAGGAGGAGGUGACACGGCUACGCCUGAGGGGGGAGGAGUCAAAAAGAGACGGGGGGAAGACGGGCAGCAACGGAGAGAUCGGUGACGUCAACAAGGGAGAACAGGUGAGCAGGAGGCGUGGCAGCAGGGAAUUGGAGCUCCGCCCCCUCGCACCAUUGGCCAGCCAGGAUCCAGUUGACCAAUUAGACGGCGUCCAGGAAGGAAACGAGGAGGAAGAGGAAGAAGUGAUGAGAAUCUCUCCUCGCUCUGACAGCCCCAGAGACUUGCAGGACAUCCCUGAGGAGAGCGAGUGUGGAGCCGAUCCCAGUUAACAUCACACCUGUGACCCAUGACCUCAGGGACCUCUGCUGAUGUCGCUGUGAUGUCAUAGUGAUGUCGCUGUAAGACUUUUUUGCAGAAAGCUGGAGCUGGAAAUGAUGUCAUUUCCUGUUUUACGGAAGCGUUUUAGACCAAAACAGACUUCUGACGUCUUAUUUUGCUCCAAAGUGUUUUCUGGAUGUUGCUGUUAGAUUAGAAACACAAAGUGUAACCACAACACCUGUUUACAAUAUCGCGUUGGCUGGAGCCCUGCCUACAGGUGCUGGAGUGGGCGGGGUUUGUAUUGGAAAGGCGGGGUUUAAAUUGUGUCAUAGGAACUUUUUUUUCUGUCUGGUUCCCUCAGUGAAACUCAAAGAUGAGACACCACACUACAUUACCCAGAAUGCCUUUAAAUAUCGACAACUUGAGUCACAACCUGCUGUUUUAAUCUGUGUUUUAAACACAGUUUUCUGAGAAACCAACAAUGUAAACUGUAUUUAUAUGGUAACUUAAACUAAAAGUAGUUUACAUUAGAAAAAUAAUGUAGGAUUUUUAGGAGGAGACUAAAAUUUGUGUUUCUGUAAUGUGUGAAACCAAAAAGCAUAUUUUUUAAAAUUAGUAACAAAGUUUGGCGGCAAGUAAGAUUUUAUACGUUUACAGAAAUCUUUCCAGAACUAAACUAGUGAAAAAAGGAUCACAGACAGUUUUGUUUCCUUCAGCAAUAAAUCGUACAACAAUAA